AUGGCAGAAAGCAAUGUCAGAGCCUUCCAAUGCCAAGGACGACAUCUCCUGUCAAUCUGGGAUUUACCCGACAAGGGCCUGAAAGACUUUUGGCGCGCAAUCGAGCAAUCUGAGUCUCCGUCCACAACUGUCCGUACCGAGGCUUCCAAAAUUGAAAAAAAAUUUGUCAUGCUCGCUUCGAGAACAUACAUCAAGGCAGGCCAUGCCCUUAAUGAUGAAAUCGGGGCAAGUUUGGACAACAGCGGACACGGAAAUCCUGAACGGAAGCGACGGCGAUUCACUUCUGAAGAGGCAAGCGGGAGACUGGAUAACCUCACGGACGAUGAUGAUAACCCAUCCUAUCCGGAGCCUGUUUCUGUUGAUCAGGGAGGACGAUCGGAUCCGAAUGAUGGAAUCUAUGAAGACUCUGACAGCGACACCUUUGCGGAGGAGAACACCGAGGACGCUCGUCCUAGACAAACAACCUCCAAACCGACCUCGACUGUGUACUUCUUGGCCGGUGAUGGAGAUAUGGAUUGCUCAGAAGCAGUCCGGUCCCCUUGGAUGAUGCAAGGUGCUGAUUUGGCGGGUGUCCUAUGGGACUAUCGCUCUACGGUUUGUGAAAAAGCCAAACGCUUGGAAGGAUUGGUCGGGUCCGUCGAAAGGCUUGCAAUUAACCACAUCUACCUUUUCGAAAUGAAAGAUUCGACGAGCAGUUUGUACGCGGCUAUUGGUUCCGAACUGUGGGAUGAUAUUACGACCAACGGUUUGCAGUUGCUUUUGGCAAAGGACGUUGUGCUUGAUCUCGCUGAAAAAGCGAUCCAAUUCAGUCUGAUGUCCCAUCAAGAGGCGGAAGAUUCUGUGCUUGAUACCGUUGGAGGCAAUAAAGAGGUCCGGAAACUGCUCGUCGCCUUAUUCUCAAGUGGAUUUCUCUGGGGCGAUCAAGACUACAAUGAAGCCGAGCUUAUCAAGAAUUUGUGGGAUCCCUUCUUGAAAACUUACCUGGGACCUAUCGCUGGCUUCGGUAACCAACUCAAGGACUCGAUCGAUUAUCUGGCACGUAACCGUGUGGACAUUUCAGGCGUAAAAGUCUAUGGUGCUGUCGUUGUCGGAUAUGAAGCAACCGUUUACUCCAUGGAAUUGAUGGCGAGCGGGGUCUACGUGAUGAAGCAGUACGGGGUUCUGUGUGCGCCUCGUUCAAACAUGCAUCUCGGUCUUCUCGGACAAACAGUCAACACCUUGCAGAACCUUGCCUUGGAAAUCGAGGCGACGAUCCAGAAACUGAAACGCACCAAGUUGAACACACCAUGUGACUGGACCAGAGUCAGUUUUCGAACGCCACAAAAGGUUGACAGGAUAGGGGUCGUGGCUGAGCACCCAAGCUCUCCCUCCAUUCGGGUGGCGAAAUCUGUUCGCCCAUUGGCCCAAGAGAAGUUGUAA